CGGCGGCGGCGGCAGGGCGGUAGCGCGGCUGCUGCUGGGCGGGCGGGCGGCGGCGGCGGCCCUGGGCGCUGGCGCCUCUCGCCCAGCUCGGGGAGGCUGGAGGCUGCUGCACGGCACCGACGAGCUGCGGGGUACACCUGCUAUUAAAGUUUUCAUGCCUGCACUUUCUCCUACAAUGGAAGAAGGAAACAUUGUGAAAUGGUUGAAAAAGGAAGGUGAAACGGUGAAUGUUGGAGAUGCUUUGUGUGAAAUUGAAACGGACAAAGCAGUGGUUACCAUGGAAUCAAGUGAUGAUGGAAUUUUGGCUAAAAUACUGGUGGAAGAAGGAAGUAAAAAUGUACGCCUGGGUUCACUAAUCGGUCUGCUAGUGGAAGAAGGACAGGACUGGAAGACGGUUGAAAUACCGGCUGAUGCUGGUGAUCCAUCUUCUCUGGCUCCACCAGCAGCUGUGCUUACCUCAGCUCCAGCAGGUCCCUCAGUUUCAGCUCCUCCUAAGCUGGAACAUCACCCUGGAAAACUGCAGAUUCGCUUAAGUCCUGCAGCUCGCAACAUUCUGGAGACGCACGGACUAGAUCCAAGCAAUAUCACACCUUCUGGGCCCCGAGGAAUCUUCACUAAAGAGGAUGCUCUCAAACUUCUACAAGAGAAGCAGAAGGGCAAACCCAGUGAACUGAAACCUGUGGUUUCUCCAGCUCCUCCCCAGCCUACUGCAGUGCCUUCUGCUCCGCCAGCAGCAACUGUGACUUCUGCUUAUCCAAGGCCAGCAAUUCCGCCAGUUUCCACACCAGGACAACCUGCUGCACUGGGCACAUUCACAGAAAUCCCAGCUAGCAAUGUCCGAAGAGUUAUUGCUAAGAGAUUAACAGAGUCUAAAACUACUAUACCUCAUGCAUAUGCUACUGCUGAUUGUGACAUUGAUGCUAUUUUGAAAUUAAGGAAAGAAUUUGCUAAAGAUGACAUUAAAGUAUCUGUAAAUGACUUUAUUAUCAAAGCAACUGCAGUUACUUUGAAGCAACUGCCAGAUGUGAAUGCUACCUGGGAUGGAGAGGGCCCCAGGCAGCUGCACUCCGUUGACAUUUCUAUUGCUGUGGCAACAGACCGAGGUCUCAUUACACCAAUCAUAAAAGAUGUUGCUGCCAAGGGAAUACAGGAAAUUGCUGCCUCUGCAAAGGCUCUAGCAAAGAAAGCAAGAGAUGGGAAACUGUUACCGGAGGAAUAUCAGGGAGGAUCAUUUAGUAUCUCCAAUCUGGGCAUGUUUGGCGUCAGUGACUUCAUUGCAGUCAUAAACCCACCACAAGCCUGCAUCCUAGCUGUGGGCCGAGCAAGACCGGAGCUCAAGAUUGUGGAAGAUGAAGAAGGAAAUGAGAAACUUCAGCAGCAUCAACUCAUGACAGUGACUCUGUCAAGUGAUGGUCGAGUGGUAGAUGAUGAACUGGCUUCAAAGUUUCUGGAGACCUUAAAAGCCAAUAUAGAGAAUCCGAUAAGACUUGCUUUGUAUUAAACUCAGUGAAGACUGCUUCCUGUUUUGACAAUGUUUAGAAUUCUGUUACAGGACAAACAACCCCAAGUACAUGAAGAGGGAAAUAAGUAAUGUCAGAUAGUUUAAACACUUAAUUUAUUUGAAAUAACCUGAAAAACUCUUAAUUUUCAUCUUUUCAGUCAUUUCCAGUUCUUGGGUUUUUAUACUGUGAAACUAAAAGACUUUUAAAUAUAAGACUAACAUAUCAUAGUUCUUUAAAUGUAUAGUACUCAUGGUACAUAAUGUUUGAAUAGAAUAGUCAAUCUCUUCUGUAAGAGAAAGUAUAAGAACACUUUAUGAAAUGUAAAAGGGAAUGAGAUGCCUUAUUUAAGCAGAGCUUUUACAGUGAGGAAUGCAAGUAUCAUAACGGAGUAAAAUCCUGCUAUGAGUGGUAGUGAAUAUCAAGAUCACUUAGUAGCUAAACUAUACUGCUAGAGCAGGAAGUUUUUUGUUUUACAAAAGACUUUUCUGGCAUGUUGUGCCAUCUGAAUUAGAUUGAAAUAAUACUAAGACUUUGACAGACACUUCAAAGGUUCCUACAUAAGAAAGAAGUUAGAAACCAAAAUAAGUUUGAUCUGGUUUUGUUUACAUCACAGACUUGCCUGUUCAAUGUUUAGGCUUUUCUGUGAGCUGCAGUGAGGAGAAAAAGUUUGUUGUGGAGAUAAACGGGGGAAAGAAAUGGCAGGAAAUUCUGACAAAGACGAAAUUAGAUCCUAGAUGAAGAUGCUGUGUCUCAAAAUAUUGAGAAGUAUCUGACAAUCCACAGUUACGUUCAUAAAAUUAGAUCUCAUUAAAGUUUAAACUGCAGACACAUCUUUUUUUUUCACCAGUGUUUUAAGAUUACCACUUAAUUUAAGGCAUGUAGAGGGUAGAGAGGAGAAUAAACUUAUCUGAAUAAAUUAGUUCUCCAUAGAGGAUGAAAUAUCAGCCUUACUGAUACCAGUGUUUGACAGAACCAAAAUUUAGUGAAAACUAGAUUUACUGUGUAACACCUAAUAGUAGAGAUAUUCUAAUUAAUUAAAAAUAAGUAAUUGUCUCCAAAUCUAGAAGUUGCCCCAACUCAGAUCUCUCUCUCAGUGCCACAAAACAUAUUUGUUUUUUUCAGGUGCUCUGAGGUAUAUUUUGCAUAACUUAAAACUGAAGUUAAUUUUGCAGACAGUACUGGCUUUGAUCUCUUAAUCUCACAGAGGUUCUGAUAUGAAAGGUCAGAUUUUGCACACUGAAUAUUUGCUGAAUAAAGCUGUUCUUUGAAUGGAUAAAAUAAAAAUGUAAGUACAAAAUGUUUCAUCAUCAGUUGCAUGUUGAAUUGUAACUCUGUUGGAGGCUUAUGUGCAGCAGCCUGAAAUUCAGAUGAACAGAAUGGCUAUUUUUUUCCUGUAUAUAAAUGUGGGACUCUGCAUUGUCUGCAUGUGUAAUGAAAUAACUGCAUUUAUAGGACCUAGUGAGAAUAGAAAUUGCCAGUAGAAUUCUGGGAGUUUGUGUUACUCUGUUUUAUGUUGCUAUUAUUAUUUUAAGAUUCAGAGAACUUUAUUUGUUUAUGGCUGCUACUGUAAUUAAAGUGCUAAUUGCAAGACUAAAUCUACAGUUAAUGCUGAGUUGAGAGUUUUCACUGAACUAGUUUUUUCUUUGGCUUGUUCUGUAAGUUCAUAAAACAUUGAUCUAACAGUAGGGAGAGAAGAAACUUUUGAUUGUGGAAUUUGUUUUACUGUGCAAUUACUGACAUAGCUUUCUGUAUUUACAGAAGUCUUUCACAGAUAACUUUUAUUCGAAGUUUGUUGUGUAAGAUUAAUUUACAGUUUUAGGUGGUCAACCAUGAAUUUUUCCAAAGUUGUCAAGCAAGUCUGGAUUACUCUGAAAGGGAAAAUAUACAUAUAUAUGUGUGUAUAUAUACACACACUCACACAUGUGUUGUGUAUGUGUUGUCCUUAAUAAUAUAAUACCACAAGCUCUUAUUUGUAUUUAGAGUCAGAUCUUCUCUGCUGGUCAAAAUUCCCAGUGUAAUUUAAAAUCCAGUAUACUGUUCUUCAUUUUCUGUUCUUGGUGCUCUCUAAUGUUGCUGUGUGCUCUCCAGCAUUCUGCUGUUUAGUUGGCCACAGUAAAGGGCUGCAUGAAUGUUUUUAUAUGCAAAUUUAUAUAAAAUAACAUCAAAUAUAUAGUGCAAGUCAGUAUAUUUCACAGAUUUCUUUGGGAGCCACUGGAAGGUGCUAUUGUAUACAAGUACAGCAUAUUUAUCAUGGUGUCUCAUUCAUGUGGGUAUUAAUACAUCCAUUCUAUAUUCCCUACUCUGUGCAAAUAGAUGAAGGUCAUGCAACUUUUCUCCAGAUUAAAUAAACAUAUAAAUUUUUAAAUUCAAUUUCUUCAUACCUGCCUGCUUGCAAACAGGUUGUCACUUGAUAGAAAGAUAGUUAGACAUUUCUGAUGUGUCAGCCUUUAAAGGACCUCUCUGAAAUUCAGAAACAUUGUGAUAUCAGUCAACUCCCAAAGAAAUACCUCUCCUUAAUGCAGAAUAAUUGUACCAUUCAGCAUAAUAUACUACUUCAGCAACAACGAGACAAGAAAUAAUUGCUCAUACAGAUUAAAAUAAUAAAAAAAAUGUAUUCCUGGAGACCUUUGGGAUUUUGAGACAGGGCAAUGGAUAAAAUGGUUCAGAAGGCAAACCUUAAAAAAAAUGGUUACAUUUGUAGCAAAUUUGCGUGAAAGUAAAAAUUUCACAGAUGAAAAAUAUAACUUUUCAUGUUUUAUUCCUUAAAAUGUCUACUGUCAGCAUCUUUUUGACAUACCUAAGAAAGAGGUUCAUGAAAGCAUCUAAUUUCUUGAAGAAUUAAAAAACUGAAAAUAAAAAUUUGAAGAGUGUGCUGGUAAUAUCUGUGUUUAGGAUUUGUUUGGGAAAAACUGCUUUCUUCAUAUAAAUUUUCCAUUGAAAGAGGAAAAAAAAAAAGAAAAAAAUAAAGAGUAGCUAUUUGUUUCAGAUAAACGUUGUGAUUGCUGGCAAGUCAUGAACUUUGUGUCACACUGAAAUCCUGAAUUAUGCUAUCAGAAUCUGUGACUUUAUUAGAACUUUUUUCUUGCAGUAUAUUCCUUCUGAAAUAAAACUUCUGGAAUUAAUCUUCUUACCUGUAAUCCCUGAAACAACCCCACUCCUAUGAAGUGAAUGGACAGUGCUAUUUGCACCUGCUGCUUUGUCCAUAUGUUCAUCUAAGUGCAUACAAAUAGAAUGGACGCGUUUUUGUUUCAACUAAUGGUUAAUCCAGCUGGAUGCAACAGAAUUCGGAAAUUGAACAGGAAUGCAAAAAUGUGACAAAUAACGAUAAUCUAAGAAACAAAAUCUGAACACAUGAUUUUAUGUACAGUGAUAUUGUUAUAGGAAGUUGCAAUGUUUGGUUGCAUUAAAGUAUAUGUGAUUACAGAGUUAA